CGCCCCGGGCGCCGUCUGAUUACGUAGCGGGUGGGGCCGGAAGUGCCGCUCCCUGGUGGGGGCUGUUCAUGGCGGUUCCGGGGUCUCCAACAUUUUUCCCAGUUGUGGUCCUAAAUCCGUCGGAAGCGGAGGCAACGAAGCUUGAGGUUCUUGCUGGUGUGAAAUGACUGAGUACAAACUGGUGGUGGUUGGAGCAGGUGGUGUUGGGAAAAGCGCACUGACAAUCCAGCUAAUCCAGAACCACUUUGUAGAUGAAUAUGAUCCCACCAUAGAGGAUUCUUACCGAAAACAGGUGGUUAUAGAUGGUGAAACCUGUUUGUUGGACAUACUGGAUACAGCUGGUCAAGAGGAGUACAGUGCCAUGAGAGACCAAUACAUGAGGACAGGCGAAGGCUUCCUCUGUGUAUUUGCCAUCAAUAAUAGCAAAUCAUUUGCAGAUAUUAACCUCUACAGGGAGCAGAUUAAGCGAGUAAAAGAUUCAGAUGAUGUACCUAUGGUGCUAGUAGGAAAUAAGUGUGAUUUGCCAACAAGGACAGUGGACACAAAACAAGCCCACGAACUGGCCAAGAGUUAUGGGAUUCCAUUCAUUGAAACCUCAGCCAAGACCAGACAGGGUGUCGAAGAUGCCUUUUACACACUGGUAAGAGAAAUACGUCAGUACCGAAUGAAGAAACUCAAUAGCAGUGAUGAUGGAACUCAAGGUUGUAUGGGGUUACCUUGUGUGGUGAUGUAACAAGGUGAGCAUGUUGUGGUCUCCUGACAUUAUUAUCAAUUUUAUUAAUUUAGCAUCAGGAAAUUUGGAGGAAAUUGCUAUUAUUUUUUUCCAGUGGUGCUAUUUAACUGAGAGUUUCUGCUCACUUACAGUUAUAAAACAUUUUCCUUAUGACACCUUUUCUGAGAGUACUGAAGUCUAAACUGCUUUUAAAGCAUUUAAGUAGGCUACACCUGGGUGGCUCAGUUGGUUAAGUGUCUGCCUUCAAUUCAGGUCAUGAUCCCAGGGUCCUGGGAUCAAGUACCACAUCAGGCUCCCUGCUCAGAGGGAAACCUGCUUCUCCCUCUACCUGCUGCUCCCCUUGCUUGUGCAUGAUCUCUCUCUCUCCCUGACAAGUAAAUAAAUAAAUAAAAUCUUAAAAAUAUAUAUAUAUAAAGCAUUUAAGUAAUUUUAUAGACAUUAUUACACUUUCAAUAAUACUAGAAACUAGAAGACAUUAUUAUGAAAAGUACAUACUUUACCAUAUUCUUGGCACUGAUUAGGAGUUUGAAGAACUGCUACAUGAAACCUGAUUAUAAUGACCUGGUAUGUGUGCUUUUCUUAUAGAUACUUUUAAAAAAAGUUCUAGCAUCAGAAAAGAGCCACUGUCAAGCUGCACUGACACCCUGGUCCUGACUUCCCUGGAGGAGAAGUAUUCCUGUAGCUAUCUUCAGUCUCACAGAGAAGCGCCUAUUACUUCCCCAACUCUCCGUAGAUCAGUACAAUAUUCUCUAUUUGAGAAGUUCUCUGAAUAACUACCUCCUCACUUGGUUGUCUGACCAGAGAAAUGAACCUCUUGUUACUUCCCACUGUUUUCCACCCUGGGUUCUCCCCCAACAUAAACAAACCUCCGCCAUCCCAGGUUUUUCAUCUGAAAAGUAAUUCAUGCUCUGAAACAGAGAACCAAACUAUAGACAUGAAAUUCUGUAGGAAACAAUGUCUUGAGCUCUAAAGUAGCAACUGCUGGUGACUUUUUUUUUUCCCUUUUUACUGUUGAACUUGGAAUUAUGUUGGUUUUUGGAGAAAUGUCAUAAAUUACUGUUUUGCUGAGAAUAUAGUUAAGUUGCCAUUUGGUUUGUUUGUGAUGUCUUUGGCUAUAGUCUAUAACUUGGCAUCUGCUUUGCAUUCAUAAAUAGGCAAGUGAAUACUGACUUUUGAGUCUAUCCUAGUGUUCUCGACUUUCACAUAAUUAAAUCUUAACUCUUGCAGCAAAGUGCCUUUUUUCUUAGGAGUGGUUUGUAGUCUUGCUUUAUAAUAUUUCAGUGGAUAGAUGUCUCAAAAAUCAUUAUACUUGGAAAUGAAUUUCUGAGAUACAUCUAUGAUCUGUCUAUGUUUGAGGGAAAGACAUACCGAUGUGAUAGCAGAUGCCAUUUCUUCAUUGUAUGAGGUUGGAUUUCCAGAGACCGGAUUUGGGUCUCUUCCAAGAGAAAGGUGAAACUGGAAAAAAUGAUGAAUAAUUUCACUUAAUUUUUACCUAAUUUCUACUUUUUUUGGGGGGGGGGAUGGGGCAGGGAGUUGGUUACCACUUACAAAAUGUAUGCAAUUUGUUUCUUCCAGCUUACUGAUAAUGAACUUCCAUUCAUAUUUAAAUUUAGGUCAUAUCUGAAAGCUCCACAUUUGCAGGUGUUCUAAAUUGUAAUAGUUUAAUGCAGCUUUAAUAGCUUUUAUUAAUGAUUUUCAAGCCUCAGAUGUAUUAACAGACACUUUUACUUUAUAUCAUGGUAUUUUAAUGAUGUGUAUAACUGCCCUCGUUCCCCUCUCACUCCACCCUCUCCCUCGUCCCACCACAAUGGCAGCAUGGUUAUUUCCGUUGAGUAAAGCAUGGUGCUGACAGACCAGGGUCACAGUUUCCAAACUUGAGCAAGCCAGUUAGCCUCACAGAGAGAGAAAUUCUUCCAUGUUUGCUCACUGCACCAGUAACUUCAGCUAGUAGUUUUGCCAGAUGCACACUGUUAGUCCUGCAAGGAAGGAAGAGGUCAGUUAGCACAAAUCCUUCACCAUGGCUGGAAAAACUUGCCAUCUUGUGGAUGGUCAGCCUAGAGGUUUUUAUAAAUAAAAUAUUUAGACCUUUUUAGCCAUGUGGAAAGUCUGAAUUAAACCCUUUUUUCUUUUCAUUAUUUUGAGAAUGAGGAUGCCUCAGAUCAAAAUUUUUAGAAGUUUUCUCUAUUGAUAAGUGUUCUUUGAAGGAUGCAAAACAGUAUGUUAAUGAAUUAGUCUGUGCAUACCAGAUAUAUAAGCUGAUGAGUUUGUUCAGAACAAGAAGUUGCCUUUCUAUUGAAAUCGUCAUUUGAGAAGGGAAUCGAAAAUAGAAUGAAUUGUUUGUUAUGAGGAUUUGGAGUUAGGGCUUUUCCAUUUGCAGAUAAUUUCAUGGUAAUUCUAAUGAAAAGUAGACUCGAUACUUCUGAUAAAUGACUAGUUACAAAAUGGCCACUUUCUGUUCUGGUCUUAGAUGUGUAAAUUCUUACUGAGGGCCUCCAUCUUCGAAAAUGAAUUUUCCUUUAAGUAAACUCCACAUUACCUUGAAAUGAAUUCCAAAGAUGGGAAGAAACGUCAACUGUGCCCAGAGUGGAAUAAAUCCAGAGAGUUGUGUUCCUUUGCGUUAAUUUUGAGACCUUUCACAUACUGUCAACAUCUGUAAACAAAAACUGCUGCUGUGCUUCAGCUCCUUGGGGAACACUGCUGUGUAAUUUUCUCAAGGAUGGAUCGAGGCUUGUCGCCUCCAUCCUUGUCAUUGUCUUCCACCUCUUCCUCCUCGUCCUCUGGUCUGCUCUGUGUGACUCACAGCAGGACUUUUCUUUUUUUUUUUUUUUUUUUUUUUUUUUUAAAUAUCAAAUUUAGGGGAAAAGAUACUCAUUUUAGCCCUUACAUGGAUGAACCUUAUAGUUUUUUCAAGUAUGUUCUAAGCACAGAUGUAUCAAAAUGGGGCCAAAAUUCAGACUUCAGAAUUUUCUUUUAAUAGCUUCUUAAGAAGUUACAUGUAGGUGUGAAUUUUGGCACAAUAGAGUGACAAACUUAGGGUUAAAUGCUGAAUGACUUCAGUUGGUGUGAAGUAAAGUGUGGUUUUUUUGAAUAUGUUUGUAAUUGCUGAAAACAGUUCUAGUUUACCUCAAAGUCUGAAAGUCUCUUUCCCCGAGUUAAGUGCCUGGCCAGCUGUUAGAAAUUACAUACUACUUUAUGUGUGUUUGUGUUUUAAAGGUUGCACCUUCAAGAGUGUGAAAAUGUUCUGUCUAAAGGCUACCAUGCCUAAUCUGUAAAUGAAACUGUUAAGUGCUGUAUUCGCUCCAGCAGCAUACUCUAGAAUGUUACUUGGUAAUAUAAUAUCGUACUUAUUACAGUUUUCACUUUAGUGUAAUAGGUAAAAUUAUCCUCAGUAUGUAUUUUAGUUGGCCCAUGUUUAGUCUUUCAUCAUCAUUUAAACUGCUGUGAAUUUUUUGUCUGACUUGAAUUGAAAGCAAGGAUAGAGAAACACUUUUAAAGAGAUAUUUUGUUUUUUUCCCAUUCCAGAAUUGGUGAGCAUAAUCAUUGCUUUACAUUUACAGUCAUGAACUCUCAAGCCGGCAGCUACAACCAAGAACCAAAAAAUGGUGCAUUCUGCUUCUUGUAAUUCAUCUCUGCUAAUAAAUUAUAAGAAGUGAGGAUAAUUAGGGAAGAUAUUUUAUUUAGGUGGUUUCUAUAAGCAGGGGACUAUAAUUCUUGUACAUUAUUUUUCAUCUUUGCUGUUUCUUUAAGCAGUCCAAUGUGCCACAAAAUUUAUCUUUAAGGUUUUUUCCUGUAAGAAUUGUUUUAAAAGUGUUCUCAUUAUCAGAGUAGUUGUAGAUAUGUUUCAGAAUGUAACUGGUGAUUCUUAAAGGCCCAAGAACUGACCUAAGAAGCAACUGUAUGAAUUCUACUCUGGAGGGAAUGGCAGAUCUCAAUGGAAAUUGUAUGACUUUCAUAUUUCUGUGCUAUCGAGUAUAGGUAAAAAUACCAGUUGUGCAAUUCUGCUGUUAAACAGGAAUUAUUGGCCUCCUCGGCCCUAAAUAAAAAGGGCUGAUAUUUUAAGUUGACUAUUUUAUUGUAAAUUAAUCCAUCCUAAUUUUUAAAAAUUUGGUUGAAUGUUUUUCUUGUUAAGUGUUUAAAAAAUAAAAACUGGAAGUUC